AUGAGCUCUCGUUUCGCGGUUGUUGAACAAGGCCCGCCAAUUGAGGUUUUCCAGCUUAAUAAACUCUUUACAGACGAUACGAAUAAAAAUAAAGUAAAUUUGGGAGUUGGUGCAUACAGAGAUGAAACUGGUAAACCAUGGGUCCUCCCUGUUGUUCAGAAAAUGGAGAAGCUGAUGGCAGCUGAUGAAACUCUUUUACAUGAAUAUCUUCCUGUUCUUGGUCUUGAGCAGUUCAGUAACCUCUCUGUUUCUAUGCUAUUGGGUGAAGAUAGUUCUGCCAUCUCUGAAGGAAAGACCUUUGGUAUCCAAGUUCUAUCUGGCACCGGUGGUCUGAGAAUUGGUGCAGAAUUUUUGAACAAGCAUCUUAAAUACACCACAUUCUAUUACUCCAACCCAACAUGGGAAAAUCACCACUUGGUCUUCGUAAACUCUGGCUUCACACAGCCGCGCGUUUACAGGUACUGGAACCCCAAGACCCGAGCUAUAGACUUCGAUGGAAUGAUCGAAGACCUAAAGAAUGCACCUGAGAACUCGGUCAUACUGUUACAUGCGUGUGCGCAUAAUCCUACUGGAAUAGACCCGACUCAUGAACAAUGGAUUAAGAUCGCUGAUGUUAUGGAGGAACGCAAAUUGUUCCCGUUCUUCGACAGUGCGUACCAAGGAUUCGCGUCUGGAGACUUAGAUAGCGACGCGUGGGCCGUGAGGUACUUCGUGAAGAGAGGAUUCGAACUUGUUUGCGCACAGUCAUACGCCAAGAAUUUUGGCUUAUACAAUGAGCGUGUGGGUAACCUAAGCGUGGUGGUAAACGAUCCAAAGCUGAUCCCAGCCAUGAAGUCCCAACUGACGUGGGUGGUUCGUGGGAUGUAUUCGAACCCACCCGCCCAUGGUGCGAGAGUAGUCGCCAAUGUCCUGGCCGAUAAAAAGCUCUUCGAUGAAUGGAGAGACCACAUAAAAAUGAUGUCUUCCCGUGUUAUGCAGAUGAGGGAUGCGCUUAGGGCCGAACUUAUCAAACUUGGCACCCCCGGAAACUGGGAUCACAUAGUGAAGCAGAUCGGUCUUUUCUCUUACACGGGUCUGACGAGCAAGCAGUGCGAGCAUUUAAUCCAGGAACACCACAUUUAUCUCCUCAAAUCCGGUCGAAUUAAUAUUUGUGGACUAAACCCCUCAAACGUGGAGUACGUGGCAAGGGCCAUGCACGAUGCCAUCACCAAGUUCCCGGCGCAAGAGUAA